AUGGUCCUCGACAAGUUACGAGAGCAAGCUUCUAAACAGAAGACUGGUAAAACGCUAUCAAGAAGUACCAAAUGUCUUCAUGUAUUAACUCAGUUAGCUCUAAAAAUUAGAGAUUUAACCGAGUUUGACACUCGACAUGUGAAACAAGAUGUUACUUAUGAUGAGGAAUAUGAAGAUGGAGCUGAAGAUGAUCGAGCACAUUCGAUUAAACUUCCUCUUGCUCGACCAGCAUGGCGCUUUUCAGCAGCAGCAUUUCAUGGCGCUUCUAGAGUUCAAGACAUGGACCGGCGCAAUGAUAAUGAACGCAAUGAAUGA